AUGAAGAUCUUCGAAGCGCUGACAGUCUGUGUUUUAAGUAGAAGAUUCAUUGGAGAAUAUGGGAACAUUGAAUCAAUCUACAGCCACAAUGUUGUCAUGGAUGGAAGGGACAUAACUUUGAACAUCUGGGAUUCACCAUGUUGUCAGGUAUUACGAAAUGUUAACAUUCAAUCUGUUAUAAUGCAGGUUAGAGUCGCGAACGGUUUUGUCCUGGUCUACAGGAUCUGUGACAGGGCCAGCUUCAACUCUGUCACCAAGCUGAUGAAGUCCAUUAAGGACUUCCAGGGCAUGGUCAAAGUGCCCAUGGUGAUCGUAGACAACAAGAGGGACCUGAAUCACAUGCGAACAGUCCUCAGUGAGGAGGGCAGAAUGCUAACCCUGACAAUAGACUGCCAGUUCUAUGAGGUUUCAGAUGCUGAGAACUACCACAGUGUCCUCAUGGUGUUUCACGGACUAAUAGACAGGAUAUGGGAGUCCAAGUCUGCCAUAAAGAAGCCAGCUGGAAUUAAGGGCAUUGUGAAAAGCAUGUCUGCAGUUUUUGCCAGGAGACGAACAGAUUCGCUGUGAGACUAUGGCAC